CCUCGCCGCCGUAACUCUCGUAAACCCUACACCCAAGAAAGAAAGAAAAAGAUGCCAAACUCAAAUAGACAACGUACCCUCGCCGGCGAAAUUCCCGAGGAGCUCAUCGUGACCCAUAUCCUGCCGAAGAUUACCGACGGUGCGUGCGUCGGGCGGUGCCGCUGCGUUUGCAAAUCGUGGCGCGAUCUCCUCUCCGGCCCCUCUUUGAUUCGGUACCAUAAGAUGCGAUCACCCGACUCUUCUUCUUCUUCUUCUGAUUACCAAAUCUUGAUUACCGGCGUCGACUACAAAGGUUGGAAAACUUACAGCUUGCACUCUGCCGAAACCCUAGAGCCCCUCCUCCCAACUCCUAAUUCCAUCAUGUUGCUACCCUCCACGGAGCUUCAUCGUGAUUUAGUACUUAUGAAAGUUGUAGGAUGCUGUAAUGGUCUAUUUUGUCUAUCAGGUUUCGACUUGGAUGCCUCCAUGCAGCUGAUUCUCUGGAACCCGGCAACCUCUGAGACCAAGGUUCUCCCUCCCCCUUCCAGUCCACAUGUGUAUCUUCUGCCGGCCGUCGGGUUUGGUUUCGAUUCACAAACCAAUGACUAUAAAGUAUUCAGACAACGCAACAGACGUGAGGACUGUUAUUAUUUGCCUCUUUAUCUGAUGGAGGUAUAUAGUUUAAGGAAGGAUUCCUGGAGGGUGUUAGAAGGCUAGCUCUUACCCAAGGCUUCCCGAUUCCCCAGUUCCCACAUACCACAAGGGGAAACUGUAUUGGCGGUACGUGUCCAAAAAGGGGAGGUUAUUACAGUUUGAUUCGUUCGACUUUAGCAGUGAAGCCUUGGAAACAUUUGAUCUGUCUUGUCCCGUAGGUUUGCAUGGAUGUUGGUUCAACGAGGAAUCCUUGGUAGCUCAAAUUCCUUGCUAUGAUGCCACAUACACCACAUCUUGGGAGAUAUGGAUGUUGUUGAAAUGUUGGGUAUCGGAAUCCUGGGUCAAGUUAUUUGUCGUUACGCUGCCCCUUCCACUGCGUAGUAUGGAAUGCAUCGGAUUAGCAACGAAUAUGAUAUCUUUUUUCACAAAGACGAAGCAUAUAGGUAGUCCCGAAUUCGCCGUCUUUGAUCUCCAAACGCAAGAAUACAAAGAGAUUAAAAUG